CUCUCGACAAAAGUGAACACCGUAACCAUGGCAACUUCAAGGACCAGUUCAAUAAAGACAAAUUAUCGUUUGAGUCCCAACGAGGAAGCCGCACUCAUCAAAGAAGAGAAAGCAAAGAGACGUAAACUACGCAUUCAGCAGGUACGUGAACAAGAGCGAAACUUCGCCUCUAAGAUCCGAAGUAGCGUCAGCAAGAAGAAAGAAGAGGAACUUCAGAAUCUUGCUGCUCAUCUGAAGCAGACUUGGGAACGGGAGCAUAAGGAGAAGUCUGAUGCUCUCCAGAGGGUAUAUGAGAGGAGUCUUGGUAGCGUCGGAGAUGGACACAGGGCUGCAAGUAUCCAGCCUCCGCUAACGGAGAUCAGAGCAGCUCAGUCUGUCAAGGACAAUCAUGCAGCCAAACAACGCUACAGCACAGCCUUGAAGAAACAUCAAGAAAACAAGGAGGCACAAUAUGAGAAAGACUUUGCUACCAUCAUAGCACGGAAAUCUGCGUUACAGAUUGAGAAAGUUCGAGCUGCAAAGAUUGCUAGUUUACCUCCACCUGUAAAGGACCCACUAGAUGAACUUGACGAUCUUGGAAAGGAGAAUAAAGUUGUGACUGUAAUUAGUGGUUUCAGUACGAGUCACUAUCAUCUGCAAGGAGAAUAUGUGGAGAGAGCUGAGCCGUAUGAGCAGGAGGAUGCUCGUUUGGCUGCACAGGAGGAGAGUAGAAGAGUCAAGGAGGAAAACGAAGAUGCGGCCAGAGAAGUUAAAGAGAGACACGAGAAAGCCCAUCUUAGACAUCACCACGCCAGGAAGCAAGAACUCUUACAUCAAGAUUAUAAUAAACUCAUGGAGGAACUUGGUCAUCUUGAGCAGGCGGAUAGAAGACGGAGACAGGCGAUCGUUGCUAACAUUCCUCAUCAAGUGUUUCAGCCACCGCACAAACGUCUUGAAGAUAAACUAGAUGAGCAACAGAAACUGGAGCAGGCAUUUGAAGACAUGUACAUGGCCAAUACUGAUUACACCGGAGACUUGGUUCUUGCCCUCGAGCCUAAACCUAAAGGUGAUGCUGAUCUAGACGUAACUAUGGAUUCAGUCACUGAUGAUGUUGGUAUCUCACUCCAACCGCUUCCUCCUGAGAUGAGUGAAGAUGCAGAGGCAAGAUUGCCGAGAGGAAUAGAUGAGGAGGAAAAGGAGCAGAAGAGAACACACAUGGAAGAUGAAAAACCGAGACAAACAAAAGCUCCCUUGAAGAUGUUGAUGAAUCGAAUUAAGUCUCAGCGAGAGGAGCUGAAGAAGAAGAAAGUCGUUCUGGAGAUCCCGAGCCAAGAAUCACUGCUCACAGAGGAAGCUAAAUUUCAAGGCAGAUCAAGACACUUACAAGGUCCGUCUUCCCUAUCCAUCGAGGGUUCUCAAACAGCAUCUGAGAGUGAUAGGAGUACAAUAGACACCUUAGAAACAGGAACGAUGUCUGAAGACAAUAACAAAGAUCAAGAGAUGAGGAGAGAGGAGGAGAUUCUACUUCAUCCCAUGGAAAGAGCUGCAAAGAUAAGAGAAGCUCUCAAGAUGCCGGAUGUUGAAUCACAGAAGAAAACACAGCAAGAGAUAAUGGCCAAGGAAGACUCUCAGCGCCUACGACUUGCCGAGCAACAGCUGCAGGACCAUAUAGAUCACAGAGACCAUCUACAACUGCUGCAGGAUAACCUGCUGCAGCGACAACUCAUGCUGCAGCAGCAGGUAAAAGAGCAAGAACUGCAGCACAGAAUGCAGCUUCAGGCGCAGCAGCAAGACCACGUCCAGCAGGAAGCUGCUUUGUGGAGCAAAGACCUGCAGGAGAAACAUGAGAUGGUGAAGCAGCAGAUUGAGCUCGAUAGCCAGCGCCGGCAGCAGCAGUUGGAACAACAAGGGUUUGCUCAGCAGCAGGCAGUAUUGUGGAAAAAAGAGCUGCAGAAAAAACAGGACAUGAUAAAAGAACAGAUUGAGAUGGAUCGACAACGGCGAGAGCGCAAGGAACAGCUGCAGUUUGAGAAGCAGCAAGAGGGAUAUCGGACAGACACCAGGGCAGCGGAGCAGGAAUCGCUUCGACUGCACCGUGAGCCAAAUCAGGAUCCUUAUGCACUCACCCAAAACCAGCAGAGUUUGAAUCAACAGCAGCAUGAUCAACAGCAGCAUGACCAACAGCAGCAUGAUCAACAGCAGCAUGAUCAACAGCAGCAUGAUCAACAGAAUGAUGUCACUCACUAUCACGACCUCCCUGAGAACCUACUUCAGAAUCAAAACCAAACUCUCGAACAACAACACUCCUCUAAACAACAUCAGAGCCCAUCACGAGAGGUCGGUCUCAUUCCCCACAAAGUAGACCUAAACAGCCUUGACUAUCGAAGGACUGACCCCAUGGGAGUUCAAGUAGCACCCAAACCUUUUCUUCAAGAAGCGCCCAGUAGUUUUCAAAGUGAGACGCUACCAGAAAGCCAUCCUAUUUAUCGUCCAUCUGACUCUACUUCCUAUCCAAUUCCUCUAAGCAAAAUACAUCAGGGACACAGUAUGGAAUGGCAACGCCUCCACGGACAUGACCCUCAAGGAAUGCCGACCUCCAGUCAGGGACAUGACCCCCAAGGAAAACUGGUGCCGACUCAGGCAGACAGAGACCACAUCCAACUGCCGAGCCGUGACACAUUACAAGAAGCUCAGCGCAGUCUUCAGCAGCGACGAGAACGACUCAUGAAGGAGUACCCGGAGCUUCAGCUUCCGCCAUACGACCCAUACAUCAUUGAUGAUACGCCGACAGGACCCACAUCACAUACCCUGCCGUAUAUGAUGAUACACCCUGGGGAGCAAACAGUGAGGGAUCAAGUAGUGGCUGCUGCGAAUCUACCAGGGAGAGGUGGCGCCAUUCCUGAGGUGGACUUUAAUGACAAUGUUCUCAGAGCAAGUAAGGCUACUCUGGAUACAGGAUCGACUUCUGCUAAAGGUGCACCAGGGAUGGGGACCGGUGUAUCCAGAAGUACUCAAGGCACAAUCAGCGAGGCAUCAAAUGUAAUGAUUUCAUCUUCAGCGUGGACCGGUCCAUCCGUGAUGACGAAGGGUCUAGUCACAACAGCUGACUUAUCCACAAUGAGACCAGGCACAACUACAGAGGGCGCUGUAACAUAUCCACAAUCAGCUAAUGUGGCUAUGCCAUCCAUUGCCAAGCUCCCCUCUGGUACUUCUUCUCCACAAGACAUGAUUGAUCUGUCUUCAAGGAGAGAUGAUCGCUCUCCCCUCAGCCAAAUGGAAAGGCAACUUGAGCAGCAUCGGCAGAUUUUAUUGAAAACUCGCCAGCAACUGCAGCAGGAACAGCAGCAACAACAGCAAAGAAUCUUAGACAAACAGAGGGUGUUGGCACAGAGGAUAGAACAGCAGAGACUAGACCAGCUGAUUAGACACCAAACCACACAGUCACUAGCACAGAAUGGGAUGAUGUCAUCAAGUGUAGGUACACAAGGAGUUGCGACAUCAGAGCAGAGACAAGAUCAACUGAGCAGAACCCGCACACAGGAUGCGGUGUCACAGUCACGAGCACAGAAUGUGAUGAUGUCAUCAAGUGUAGGUGCACAAGGAAUUGUGACAUCACGGCAAGAUGAGGUGAUGUCACAUCAGGGAUUGAUGACAUCACAAGUGUCACCACAAGAUGUGAUGACACAGCGUGGAGGUGCAAUUGCAUUGGGAAGGCAUGGAGAGACGUUAUCGGAAACACGUGAAGAGCCCGAAAACGCGAAACCAAAACCCUUCAAACAAAGUCAGUCCAUUUCAUCGGACACUGAUGCAGCUUCUGUUAGAGACCAAAUUAACUCCUUAUCCAUCGGCGCUCCUUCUUACAAACUCCCGUCGAUUACUUUUGGAGAAUCCAUGUUUCAGUAUCGACCCCUGCAUGGAAUGAGCGAUGAAUCGCCGCUAGGCUCCGACAGACCGCUAGUUUUCCAUGAGUUGUCUCCGGAGAGUAGUGAGAAUCUCACUGGAGAACAUCUUGAAGAUGUUAGUAACAUCUCUGAAGAUGAUGAGACCAGAAGAACGGAGCCGGUGCGGCAAGACUGGAAAACUAUUUUAGCAUCUCACCCUCAACCAACGCCCGUCCAACAUCACCAGCCCACUUUGCAAUCUUCAAGACCCCUACACGCAAGGCACCCCAAACCUCCUCCCGCUCCUCUAAGACUUCCCCAGACCCUUCCAGAAGCUGCUCCUCAUGAGCUGAGUACAAUCAUUGAGGCAGAGUCUCCUGCAGCAGAUCACAUCUUAAGAAACUACCCUUCGUCGUCCCUGAUUGCGUCAACUCCACACAAGACAAGUCCUCCUUACGGUGACUCUCAGAGAGCAAGUGAUGCAGCAGCUCGCCCCUUCCUCCCGGAUUACUCCCGACUCACGGAAGAAGGUAGCCAGACACCUCAGAUGGCAUUCACGGUAGAUGAAGUUAUCAGCAAGUACACUGGGCAUCUUGAAGAGCCACAUCAACAUCAUCAUGUAAUCGCAUCAACGAUUCCAAGUUUUGCUGAAGACGUUGGACACGGAGUCCUCACUUAUCCUGCGUCAAAAAUAUUAUCAACUGGUCCAAUCCCCUCAGUUCCACAGCCCCCCUCGUCAGCGGCAGUCUAUCACACAUCUCACGUCCCUACCCCACCAGUCAUCCAAAUCACAUUUCCAUCUACCAACAAUGAGGGCGCUUCACCUUCAGCAGACUCUCAGUACUCUUCCUCGGUCUCACCAUUGAGUGAUCACACACUCAGACAGACUCGGGACUCAUCUGACAACUCACUACUCAGCGAAGGAUCCGUUGAGAAGUUCCUCGCUCUCUCGGCGUCAGAGGGUUUCACCUCUGGUUCUAUAUCGUCGACCAGUGCCAGGUACCAACCACAUGUUGUAAUCGGUGAGAAACGCAGUCCUAUUGUGAAGGACUUUGUGCUGGAUGUUUCUUCAGUAAGUGGAUGGGAAAGUUCGGUUCAACCAACAAGAACGGAUGAACCAAACGUUUCUGGAAACACAACGAGGCCAAGACAGAGCCUGGAAUCUCAAGAGUAUAGUCUGGCGCCCGUGUCUCCGCAGAGUACCUGGACUGAUAUGGAUACGCAGAGUGGUUCGUAUCUCAAUAACGAGGUACCAGUCUUACCGAUGUACAGAUCAGAUAUACCCAAGAAUGGCAUGCCGAUGUUUUCUGAUGUAUCAUUUAGUUAUGGUAAUACCUCAUUUGACAGUGGGCAGAGUGUACGGCCUCCAUCUGAUGUGGGUCUUGCUCGUCUACCAAAAGUGCAAAGUCUACCUGAGGUUGAGAAUGUGCCCGGAUUUAAUAGUGGUGUCUCCCCACAGGGAGGCUCUGAACAAUGGUACGUGCCACAGCACAGCUUAGAUACUUCUGAAUUUCAACAGCUGGGAAGGGGUGCCACUCCUCAAGAAAACCCUGAUGACACUACUCCAAGACGAGACAAGAAAGUUGACUCAGGGAUGGUUUUAAGAGCAGAGGUUGAUGGGAAGGAUGAUUAUUCGUCCAAACUGUCGUACGCCGGAGCUCUCCGUGAGGAAUCCCAUGAUGCAAUAUUUUCAUCUGAUGACACACUACAAGAAGCCAUGAGGAAUAUUGAACAAAGUGAAAGUGAGACGUCAAAGGAAACGGGGAUCAUCGAGGAGCCGGAUCUAACUCUCGUCUCUCUCAAUACAACGAUGACAUCAUCUGUUGCCCCUGACGACAAUGACAUCAUCAACGAGGAGAUGAAACUGAGACAGUGGGAAUUAGACAACAUCGGCAGUGAUUCUCUCUCAUCGUUCCUACAUCAUGAGGAAGAGUUAUCAUUGGAGAGUCCAGCUAGAACUGGUUCAGACCGGUCAGGAGUGGAUGGAUCCGGUCUGUUACUUGAUAAAGAUCAAGUUCUGCUUACCACUGACACUUCACAAGAGAGCGCCACCACACUGCAGGAGGCGUUUCUCCGUCACAAAAAGUCCUUCAUCAAGUCAUCUCACUCGCGACAGCAAGAGGUCAAAGUUCGCACUGAGAACCAACAAGCCACUGCAUUCUCCCAGACACUAGAUAACUGGAAGCGGUCGAGAGGCGGGAAAGUUCAAAGGUCAACAAAACCAAGAACAGCAUCAAGUCCCUCUAAAGGACCAGCUGUUAAAGGUCAAAGGUCAGCUGCCAAAAGGUCAUCUCAAGAAGCUGCUGGGUCAAUAGGUCAGAGGGCACAGACCAAGGAUAUCUCUAAGACUGUCACAGCGUCUGGUCGAUUGUCAGCGGAGAAAGAAAUGUACAAGAGAAAUGUCCGAUUAUACAAUCAGCUGGAGGAGGUCCAGAAACAGAAACUGACCAAAGAUCGGCAGAAAGAUUACGCCGCCAAUCGCCAAAGAAGGAAAGAAUUCGAGCAGAAACUUCACUCACGUCUUCAGAAACUUACAAAGUCUUCUAAACCAACAAGUUGAUGUAAAAUGGGCGUCGUAAAUCAAAUUAUAAAAUAGUACAUGUGAGAAAUGUAAAAUAACAAAUUUUAAUAGAGUAGUUUGUAUAUUUGAAAAUGGGCCAAAAUGGAUAAAAUCACAAGGGGUAAGCCUUGCAUUUUUGUUGAAAAUAGGCCCAAAAUUGAUAAAAUCACAAG